UUUUGCCAUCUCGAACUGUAUUUUGUGACUCCCUCUGGACCAGGAAAAUGUAUGCAGCUUUUACGCUCUUCGUCUUCAUCUGCUUGACUGCCACCACCCAUGCAGAUCACCAUCAGCCUUGUCAUGCACCCAAUAUGACAGGAUUCAUGACUGCCUUAAGCCUUAAGGGUGAAGUGAAAGCAUUUGGUGCAUUCACUUAUGACUCAAUGGGCAAGAAACUACGGUUCAGAUCAAACGAGAGCCACCCCGUCAACACAUCCGUAGGUUUGGAUGUGCUGAUGUUUUUCGAUAAGGGGAUAUUCUAUGAGAUUGACCUCAAAAACCAGAGCUGUGAGAAAAAAACAUUGCAAUGCACCCAGCACCCUCUAGAUAUCCCCGAUGAUGCAACGUUCAUGACUACAGUAAACACUGGGAAUCCAUCCAUUGAAGGGGAGGGAUUAAAAAUCAAUGCAUGGACAGGAUCAAUGCCAGACAAGAAAGGCAAGUACUACAUGGCUGUUACCAUGGAAUGUUUGCCUGUGAGCACAUUCUACUUCUAUGAGUCCUCAUCAUUCCUUUUCAGCCUCACGGAGAUUGACACCGAGAUCAAGGAUCCUGAUCUCCUCAUGGUGCCCUCCAUUUGUCUGGGACAGCCUUUGGAGGCGACACCUGAAGGGACCGUCCAUAGCUUCCUCAACGAGUUCAUGUAGAUGACACCUUGCCAGCAGAAAAUCCAACCCCCUAUCCAAGUGUGGCCUGCCAGAACCUUAGACUUUUCUUUGCUUUUCAUGUGUGACUCAAGUUUUUCGUGUGGCACUGAACUACAUCACAUCUGUUUCCAUCUUCCACUCCCCUAUGAAAAUAUGGCUUUGAAUGGAUCAUCCUGUAUACAUACACUUUGAUGUGAAGGAAAGAGAUGGCCUGGAUUAUAGAAUUAGUCAUAAUUACUAACAGUUUGGUGGCUUUUUAAGUUGGUACUGCUUACAAAACCUGUAAGAUAUGCUUAAUGGAACAAUAAAAUGUCAAAGCUG